AUGGCCACCUACACGUUGGACGACGUUGUCGUGGCUGUCGUCAAGUCGUUCGAGGAACUUGAGUGCACCGUUUUGGACAAGACGUUCAUGACGCUGCAAAAGUCAUGGAGUGCAUUUUCAAGAUGGGCGGUCACAACGAUUUCAAGUUGCCGCAUCAAAAGAAGCAUGGGCUCAUCAAGGAGGGUCUCUUACCAACGCGACUGGAGUGUGAUGAAGAUGUUUGUGCAGCGGUUGAUGCCAUGGAGGAAAGAAGUGAGUUUGAACGUCGUGUUGACGUUCUGA